GAAAAACGCUCGUUGUUGCAUGUUCUGUGUGUUGUUUUUCCUUUGUUUCUCUAUACACCUUAAUCUCUCCGAAGGAGAUGACAGCAUCACAGCAAACCAAUCUUUGUCUGGUUCUUUAAACCAGACAAUUGUCUCUGCUGGACAAACUUUUGAACUGGGAUUCUUCACAAGAGGUAAUUUUUCCAGGUAUUAUGUUGGAAUAUGGUACAAAAAUGUUAUUCAACAGGCCAUAGUUUGGGUAGCAAAUAGGGAGAAACCCAUUUCAGAUAUUAAUUCUGCGGAACUAAAAAUUUUAGAUGGGAAUUUGGUGCUUGUGGUUAAAUCCCAGGACCCGAUUUGGUCCACUAAUGUAAGUUCGACAAACUCAAAUUCUUUAGUGGCAACUCUAAAUGAUGAUGGGAAUUUAGUUUUGAGAGAUGGGUCAGAACCUAGGUCAAGUGAAGGAUUUUGGCAAAGUUUUGAUCAUCCAGCAGAUACAUUGUUGCCUGGUGCCAAAAUUGCUUAUGACAAACGUACGAAAGCAAAGCAGCUCCUCAUUUCUUGGAAAAAUUCUGAGGAUCCAGCACCUGGGCUUUUCUCCCUUGAAUUAGAUCCAAAUGGAAGUCAGUAUCAGUAUAUCAUAAAAUGGAAUAGGACUCGACAGUACUGGACUAGUGGAGCUUGGAAUGGGCACAAUUUCAGUUUAGUCCCUGAAAUGACGCGGAAUAGUAUCUUUAAUUUUAGUUAUGUAGAUAAUAUUAAUGAGGCUUAUCUCACUUAUUCUCUAUAUAAUCCUGAAAGUAUAUCAAAAUUGGUGAUAAAUGUUUCCGGGCAAAUUAAGCUGACAUCAUGGUGGCAGGGUGCGGAGGAUUGGAAUUCGGCAUGGUCUCAGCCUAGACUGCAAUGUGAAGUGUAUGGUUAUUGUGGGGCAUUUGGUACCUGCAAUCAGAAUUCAUCGCCCUACUGUUCGUGUUUACGGGGAUUUAAGCCGAAGUUCGAGAAUGAUUGGAAUUUGAGGGAUUAUUCAGGUGGUUGUGUAAGAGAGAUUGUUUUGCCGCAGUGUGGUAAUGGUAGUACUUCUACGGGGAAGAAAGACAAGUUUUUGCAGAAUCCUCAAGUUAGUUUACCUGUAAAUUCUCAAACGGUGAUUGCAGGUAGUGCUGGAGAA